GGCGGCAACACGGCCUGGGAGGAGAAGUCGCUGUCCAAGUACGAGUUCAGCGAGGUCCGCCUCCUGGAGAUCGUGGAGAGCCUGUGCCAGAGCAGCGACUUCGAAUGCAACCGCCUGGUGGAGGAGCACGAGGAGCAGCUGGAGGCCUGGUGGCUGUCGCUGAAGAAGGAUUACCCUGACUUAUUUGAGUGGUUUUGUGUGAAAACGCUGAAAGUUUGCUGUUCUCCGGGAACUUAUGGGCCAGACUGCCUUGCGUGCCAGGGCGGAUCUGAGCGGCCCUGCAGCGGGAACGGCCACUGCAGCGGGGACGGCAGCAGACAGGGCGACGGGUCCUGCCAGUGCCACCUGGGCUACCGCGGGGCGCUGUGCGCUGACUGCAUGGACGGCUACUUCAGCGCACUGAGGAAUGAGACCCACAGCGUGUGCACAGCCUGUGACGAGUCCUGUAAGCUGUGCACGGGCCCCACCAACAGAGACUGUGUCCAGUGCGAGGUGGGCUGGACCCGGGAGGACGGCGCCUGCAUGGAUGUGGACGAGUGUGCAGCAGAGACACCUCCCUGCAGCGCCCAGCAGUACUGCAAGAACAGCAACGGCUCUUUUCAUUGCGAAGAAUGUGACUCCACCUGUGUGGGCUGCACGGGGAAGGGCCCAGGACAGUGUAAGGAGUGCAUCCCCGGCUACACAAAAGAGAACGGCCAGUGUACAGAUGUGGACGAGUGCUCGCUGCCGAGAAAAGUGUGUCCGAGAAAAGAUGAGAACUGCUACAAUACCCCUGGGAGUUACGUCUGCGUGUGUCCCGAAGGCUUCGAGGAGACUGAGGACGCUUGUGUGCAGAUGCAGCCAGCCAGGCACGACAUCACAGAGGAAAGCCCAGCUCAGCUGCCCUCCCGGGAAGACUUGUGAGGUGUGUCCAGUGGAAGCCAGACCUGCCCUUUAAGUUAUUUAGACUGAGCCCUGGCAGCCCGACCGCGCACUUGCCGGUGUCUCCAGGCCAGAGGGGGAAGCUGCCUUCCAGACGGUUGAUGCUCACUCGGCCCUUUCAAAAGCUGCAUUUUUGGUUCUUAAACAGAUUUGUAUAUUUUGAUACCAUUCUUUAUAAUGUGAUUAACCACUGAAGGUAGGCCCAGAACUAG